ACAGCCUCAGAUUAUCUGUUUUUUGCAGAGGAGCACAAACACCUCCUGCAUCACUCUGCUCUCCUCAGACAUCCCAGCUUUCACGUAUGCAAGAAGAUUUUGAAUAGAACCUCUCAUCUUCGACCUGCUCUACCAAAAUGUGCCUUUUCACCAUUGCCCUGCUGUUUGCUGCACUGGAUGUUGUUUCCUGUGCUAAGUUUGUGGCACCUUUAAACAUGGAAGGAGUAUUGGGUCAAGUGGAGUUUGACUCCGACAACCAGAUGGCUAAUGUAAAUGUGUCUGGUGCAGGAUCCUGCCCUGCCAUAAAUAUUUCCCUCACCGUGUUCCCUGUUAUGUAUGGCCAUUUUAGUCAGCCCUGCUCUGAGGCCAACAUUGGAGGCAGUGUCUUCACAUUCACUGCGGAUCCUUCCUCAGAUUCCCCCAUCAGCGUAUCAAGUGUCUUUGAAAGAAUAUCAAAUUUGGAUGACUAUUCACUAUUGUUGCAGACAUGCAACGGCACCAAAGUAUGCACGGUUAUAAGUCAAGGACAGACAUCAUUGACUCGCCAGGCCAGGUUCACCGAAUCUGUUGCUGGCAACAUCUACAUACGUGCUAAUCAGGGAAAUACCAACCUUCGGCUUCUAGCAGACCUGGUAACCGUUGGUCGAGUGAAUGCACCAGUGACCAAUAUCACAAUUUUGGGAUCUACAAAUCCAGCAGCUACAUGCAGUGAAUUGCUUGGAAGCUUAGAUCCUGCCACUUUAAUCAGUGUAGGUGUUGUGAAAAUUGGAAACCCUUUGAAUCCUCAGAAAUCUCGCCUGGACCUUAACACCUACACAGCAUACACUUAUCUUCUCCUCCAGUUUGGGUCCAGUUACAAAUGUGCUCAGGUAUACACCAUGUUAGAGAAAGAGGUGAGAGCAGUUAUGAACAUGGGAGGUAUCAUGGGAUAUUUCAACUUUCGUCAAGCUUCACCUUUUGAUACGACACAGUUCAGCUUAAAUCUGACAAACUUAAGGGAACUAGUUGGCCCCUACCACGUCCAUGAUUUCCCUGUCCCUUCAGUCAGGUCAAGCCAGUGCUCUAAUGACAAUGUGGGUGGUCAUUGGAAUCCCUUUAAGGUUGACACUACUCUCUCAAGGUACCCCUCGGGGCCUGGGUCAACUCAUGACAUGUAUGAGAUUGGUGACCUGAGUCGAAAACAUAUGUCUCUUAAAGACAAAAACGCUUCGGCGGGGACAUUCACUGACUUCAACCUUCCUCUCUUUGGACAGAACAGCAUUGUGGGUCGCUCAGUUGUGAUUCACGAGGUUGAUGGUACCAGGUAUGCGUGUGCCAGCAUUGGCUAUCCCGGGGAGGUGGUGGUAGGUAGUGCCAAAUUUCAGACUCCUUUGGUUGGAAAGAUCACAUUUACCCAGUUGGUGAACAAUCCCCUGUCAGAUGUUUCUAUCUUCAUGGAUUUGUCGUACGGAGAUCCUACAACAACACCAACCAAAAACCAUAAUUGGCAUGUUCACAUAUUCCCUAUUAGCACAGAGAGAGAUGAUGAUGAAGGGCAGUGCAGCUCAACAAGUGGUCACUGGAAUCCAUUUAACAUCAACACAACUGAUAGCAGCUACACACUUCAUUGCAAUCCAUCCUGUCCCCUUUGUUGUGAGGUCGGAGACCUUGCUAACAAACACAACACCAUUGAUCUCGACACCAAUGUAGGACAAGUGAACUCCAAGCACUUUUUCACCGAUGUUACUUCCUGGUUAACCGUGUCAGGCAUAAUUGAUCGUUCUGUGGUCAUCCAUGAAGCACAAAGAGGAGGCCCGAGAAUUGCAUGUGCUAAUGUUACCAUGGUACGGGUCCCUGAAGCAAGUGUGGGCAGUUGGUUUGGCCCCGGUUCAUCCGGUGGCCAAAUAAAAUUUUCUCAAGCUGUCCCACAAGGCCCCACAGUAAUCAACGUGUCCUUAAGUAACCUGCAGUCCUUAGCUGGAGGGUACCAUGUCCAUAUCUUGCCAAUUGUAGCUGGUAGACCUGAUCCUUGUUCAGAUGCAAACAUCCUGGGUCACUUUAACCCAUUUAACUGGGACAUAACCACUUCCCCUCCACCUGGAACCGGCACUGUGGACCAGUAUGAACUAGGGGACAUUAGUGGAAAGUUUGGGAUGCUUACAGACCAAAAUGACUAUGAAGCUGUCUUCAGGGACCCAAACAUGCCUCUAACUGGACCUUACAGCAUUGUGGGAAGAUCUGUUGUAGUCCACUACAGAAAUGGAUCAAGAAUGAGGUGUGCAGAUGUCUCCGCAGACAGAAAUCCAAGAGGACAAUGGACUUUGGCCAGUGCUACAUUUAAUGGAACAGUGACUGGGACAAUCAAACUGCAACAGCAGAUGUUUCCUGAUGGGAGUAACGGUGAUGUUACACUGCUAGUGGAUCUUAAAUCACUUGAAAGUCGAAAUACUGCUGCGGCCUCCCUAUUCAUAGCAAGCAAUCGUGUGAAUUCCAUGAGUGACCUGUGUGACAGAGUUGGAGACACAUUCAAUCCCUUCAACAUGAAACUAAUGAGCUCCAGCUGUUCCUUAGAAAACCAGUUGAGCUGUGUGGUUGGGGAAGUUUCCGCCAGGCAAGGCAACGUCAGCCUGACUGGGAGAGAAGUCUACACUGACAGCAAUAUCCAGCUGUCAGGAGACCACACAGUUGUUUACAGAUCUGUCGUGCUUAAGAGGGGUGAUAGCAUCCUUGCAUGUGCUGACAUCCUCCCAGAUUCCCCAUCUGCAGAGCAGACCUUUCCCAAUGUGAGCUCCUUCAGUCGAUAUGAUUUCCGAAGGAGAGUCGCAGAUGUUCUGGGGAUGGAAAUGGCGAGGAUAACCAUCCUGCCCGGCUCUCCCCUCUCUGCAGCAGAUGGCCAGUGUCAGAGGGUCAACUUCAUGGUCUCAGGGGAGGUCAGUGUGGACCUGCUUAAUUCUGUCAAAGCGAGUGAGAAGAUGGGGCCAUUCAAAGAGAGUGCUGAAUGUGAAAGAAGUUCUGGAGGACAGCUGGUGUUACCAGGAAUCUUCACACUAUUGCUGAUGUUUGCCGCCUCCUUCCUGUUGCCAUCUGCAGCAUCUUCUUAGAUCUGAGUCCUGGCUGUACUGUGCAAUACUCAAUAGGAACACAUGAGUCCUCCUGAUGUAUAGCUGUGAAUCAGAAUUGUCACUUACCAAAUGUCACAGUGGUCAUUGAGCAAAUAAUGUCCAACUUUGUACAAACUUUAUGUCCAAAUGAAGAUCUUCCAGGUUUUUUUGUUGAAAAACAUGUUAGAAAUUAGUUGGUA